AUGCCAAAGCCAAUUUCGAUGGCUGCCACAGCGCAGCAUAAUGGCGACCUCGAUAGAGCGCGUGAGAAGGUUGUCCGGGCUAAAUUAGCCGAGCUAGACGGUGCCUCGCUUCAAAGCGAUCAGGAGGGCCGCCAAGUCAAUGGCCAGGAUACCGUCUAUGGGUCCGUUGUGCCAUCAGAGGGUCCUGCUGUUAGUGGCCUGUUCUUUCAAGGCCAACAGGAAGGCCACCAAGUCAAUGGCGUGGACCCCUUCUGUGGGUACGACGCGCCAUUGGAAGAUCCUGCUACUGGCGGCCUGUCCUUUCAACAGCAGGGUCCUGGACAUGACGCCGGUGCCUUCCUGCCGCAUCAAGCUCAACCGUACUUCGGUGGGCUUGAUCUUCCCAUUCAAGAUGCUCCCCCUAAGGAGGGUUUUGUUAACUUACGGGAAAUUGAGCUUCGCCAGCAGCCCUUCCCACAACAGGCACCGUUGCCAUUACAGGAUCAAACGCAACUCCCUUUCACGUACUAG